GCUUAUUACGCACCCACCAGACUACAGGAAGCUGGGGAGUUUCCAUGCGCAAUUUGCAGACUUCAGUUUAAAUAAUCCAGUGAUCCAAGACUUGAGCGAUGGCAGACAAGGAGCUUUUCAAGAUGAGGAGUAAGUUUGUGGAGAACGUGAACAGAGAACUUAUUAAGCAGCUCCUGGAUGACCUUCUCAAGGAUGGCGUUGUGAAUCGCGGAGAGAAAAAUUCAAUACUUGAGGACAACACAAACACAGCAGACAUGGCACGCUGCCUCAUUGACACAGUGAUGGGGAAAGGAGAUGAAGCCAGCAGGAAGAUGAUUGCUCACCUUCAACACAGAGAUUCUAUGUUUUAUAAAAACCUGUCCUUGAAAUUUACCUUCAGCUAUUUGCCACCUUACCUUGUGACUGAAGAAUCCAUCAGGAGUCGUGUGGCCCUGCUAAUCACCAACAUAAAAUUUACUCAUUUAAACAACAGAAAUGGAGCAGAGAAAGACGAGCAGAAUAUGGAGAACCUGCUUAAAGGGUUGGGAUACGAGGUGGUGAAACACACAGACCUCACUGGAAAGGAGAUUGAUGAUGCUGUAAUUAAGUUCUCCAAGCGUGAAAACUUUCCUGGUGUACUGUAUAACUGAUACCGAUGAAUUAUUAUGAAUUACACACUGCUGUUUUUAUCUGUUUUAAUGGCUCCACCUGAAAUGAUACUUUUAGCAUUUGUUAUGGUGAUUUCAGUCUUUAAUAGAUUGUAAGGAAAGACAGAGAAUGGUUUGAUAUGUCUCUGAAUUAUCAUUUAUUCUUGUAUCAGUGUAUUUUGUCAUUUAAUCCAUGAUUUUCCUUUUUGUCUCCACCUAAACAAAAUAAAACAUUGAU